AUGGCGAGCGACGAGUCCAAGGCCGCCGUCCCCGGCGCCACCACCAACACGGCGGCGCCUGAGCACCACCACACGCCGGGAAUGGAUCACAACCCAGACCCGGCGCUCGAUCCCGUGCACCAGCACCAGCACGUACACCGCCAUCACUCGCCCCGCGUCAACGCCGCCGGCCACGACGACGUCGUCUACACCAAGGGCACCAACCUGGACCCCACGCUCGUGCCGACGCAGGACCACCGGCACGACCACCUCGGCCACGCGCACGGCGUCGAAAAGGGCGCCAUCGGCACGCCGCCCGACUACAGCGACGACCACGAAAAGGGAGAGGCCGGCGUCGUCCGCACCGCCGGCCAGCUCUCGACCGAGUCGACGUCCAAGUACGCCAAGCUCGGGCCCGUGUACCGCCACCGCCGCAUCCUCACGCACCUGUUUCUGUUCCUGCUCUUCACCGGCUGGUGGAUCGCCUCUCUGAUCCUCCACCGCGACGACAAGAACUGGGUCGUCCCCUUUCUGCUGUGGCUCGCCAUCACGCUGCGCCUCAUCUUCUUCCACGUGCCGAUCCGCUACAUCUCGGGGCCCAUCCGCUGGGUGUGGCAUCACACCGCGCUGGUCAUCUACGAUGCCAUUCCCGAAAAGUUCCGCACCCUCUGCGGCGCGGCGACCGCCAUCAGCGCGAUCCUCGUCGGCUCCUUUGUGUCUGAGGAAAACUCGGACAACACGCGGGCGAACCGCGCCGUCAGCCUGGUCGGCCUGGCCAUCAUCCUCUUCUGCUUCUGGCUGACGAGCGCGGCGCGCAGCCGCGUCAACUGGCGCACCGUCAUCGGCGGCAUGCUGGCGCAGUACAUCAUUGGCCUCUUCGUGCUGCGCACCCAGGUCGGCUACGACAUCUUCAAGUUCAUCGCCGACCGCGCCGGCGACCUGCUCGGCUUCGCCAAGGACGGCGUCACCUUCCUCACCAGCCCCGACGUGGCCAAGCUGCCCAUGUUCUUCUUUGGCGUCAUCCCCGCCAUCAUCUUCUUCAUCUCCCUCGUGCAGGUCCUCUACUACAUUGGGUUCCUGCAGUGGUUCAUCAAGAAGUUUGCCACCUUUGUGUUCUGGGCGCUCGGCGUGUCUGGCGCCGAGGCCGUCGUCGCGGCGGCCACGCCCUUUAUCGGCCAGGGCGAGUCGGCCAUGCUGGUCCGUCCGUUUGUGCCGCACAUGACCAAGGCCGAGAUUCACCAGAUCAUGACCUGCGGUUUCGCCACCAUUUCCGGUUCCGUCCUGGUCGGCUACAUUGGUCUGGGUCUCAACGCCGAGGCGCUCGUGUCGUCGUGCAUCAUGUCCAUCCCCGCGUCGCUGGCCAUCUCCAAGCUCCGGUACCCCGAGACGGAGGAGACGCUGACGGCGGGUCGGGUCAUCAUUCCUGACGACGACGAGCACAAGGCGGAGAACGCGCUGCACGCCUUUGCCAACGGCGCGUGGCUGGGUAUCAAGAUUGGCGGCACCAUCAUCGCGUCCCUGCUCUGCAUCCUGGCCGCCGUCGGCCUCAUCAACGGCCUGCUCACGUGGUGGGGCCGCUACCUCAACAUCAACGAACCGACCCUCACGCUGCAGACGAUUCUCGGCUACGUCUUUUACCCGAUUGCGUUCCUGCUGGGCGUUCCCCGAAGGGAUCUGGCCGAUCUGCCCCCGGGGUCCAAGGAGGAUCACGACAUCUUCCGCGUGGCCAAGCUCAUUGCCGAAAAGGUCAUCACCAACGAGUACAACGCCUUUUCCAAGCUGGCGAGCGACCCGUACUACGCCAACAUGUCGAAGCGCUCGCAGCUCAUCGCCACGUACGCCGUCUGCGGCUUCGGCAACAUUGGCUCUCUGGGUAUCCAGAUUGGUAUCCUGGGUCAGCUCGCGCCGUCGCGCGGCGGUGACGUGUCCCGCCUCGCCGUGUCGGCGCUCAUCUCUGGCGUCAUGUCGACGCUGACGUCGGCGACGGUCGCCGGACUUGUGGUGACGACGCAGAUCAACAACUUUGCCCAGUCCAACUCGUCGGGUUAA